UCUCUCUCUCUCUCUCUUUCUACUUCUUCUUCAACAAGUUUUUAUUCUCAUUCUCCACACAGCUGUAGAAUAUUUUAGUCUUCAAUGUUGUAGGCGGCCGCUUGGUUGAGUUAUUAGUUGUGCGCUCUACCAAAUUUACAAGGCAAUUUAUAGCUUGAACAAGACAGUCAGAGAUAGAGCAAAUCAAAACCACUACGCCUUUCUUGGUCAUCUGUCUAGUGCUCAAGCACCAAAAACUGGUCUGCAAAACAAGAAGCAGAAAAUGUUUACUUUCAUAUUAUGACCAGAACAUGUACUUGGAGAAGAGGAGAAGCAUAUCAUGAAGCAAAGUUGAUAAGAGAGAGAGAGAAUAGAAAUCUCAUCAGUCAUAUUAUCUUGACCUGAAAAGAUGAAAUCUUCCAGUAGUUGACCAAUGACGAGAGAGUACAUAAGAUGAUUAAGAGUCACAAUGAAGCAGAUUUACAAGAAGCAGCAGGCAAUUCAAGCCGUGAUGAUCAAGCCAAUAAAUUCUCAACAAAAGCUAAUGAUUUGUCGCGUCCAUCGACACCAUGGCUACGGUUGAAGGAUCCAAGGAUUGUGCGUGUGUCCAGAGCUUUUGGAGGAAAGGACAGGCACAGCAAGGUUUGCACCGUAAAAGGGCUUCGAGAUCGGCGGGUGAGGCUUUCUGUACCCACUGCUAUACAGUUGUAUGACCUUCAAGAAAGGCUUGGUCUUAACCAGCCUAGCAAAGUUGUCGAUUGGUUGCUUGACGCCGCGAAGCAUGAAAUUGAUGAACUUCCUCCGCUGCCGCUGCCACCAUCUGGGAAUUUUGGCCUAAAUCACCCAUCAUUAGUCCUCACUUCAUCUCAUGGUGUCCAAACCCAUGCUCAUGCCCAAUUAUCUCAUGAUAAUGGAGAAGGUCCUAGUGGUGGAAUUGCACCGGCCAGAUCACAUUUUUGGAGCACAAAUUCGGAUGCUAUUUGGAGAGGGAAAUCAAAAGAAAUUGCAAGAGACACAACAAAUGAGGAGGAAGAAGAAAAUCAGAAAGAUAUAAGCACUGGAUCAGACCAAAAGGAAGAAGGAACUGUUGAUGGUAAUUCAUCAUCAAACAACUUCUUAACCAGAAUUAGCACCAACCAUCCAUUCUUUCCAGGUCUUGUCAAUAAUGCCAUGCCUUAUGCUUACCAUAAUUGGGAUCAUAAUCAGCCUUCAAAUUUCCCACUAUCUCAAUUAGGAAGCCAUGGAUUCCCAUCCCAAACUGCAGAUCUCCACAACUUCAUUAACGUCGUCUCGUUGCCCUCCACAUUGUCUUUAUCUACAACACAAUCUCAUUUCCCUUCACAUAAUGCUGCGGCUGCAGCAGAGAUCGAUCCGAGACAAUUCAACCACAUGCAUAUGUUAAGCUCAAGCAGUACUUCUCAGAACCUCUUGCCAAAUUCUCUUUCACCAACUCUAUACCCUAAUAGCCAGACCCUGAGAGCACCCCAUUUGAGCAUGAUGACUAAGCUUGUGCGUUCUUCAAACAACACUACUGGAAGUGAUCAUCAUCAGCCAAAUACAGACCAGGAGUCCCCUUCUAGAUGAUGCACAUGAUGCAAUUAAUUCCAGAAGUCGUGAAAAGCAGCUUUCCUUUUAUAAGAAACAAAGCAUAUGGCUCAGAUUCUUUUGAAAUUGGGAGCUAGGCUAGCUAUAGCUAGGAAGCGCAGGCAAAGGUACAGGAACACAUCCUACGAUGCUUGUCGGAUUUCAGUCAGUCUUCUAAAUGUUCAUUUCAGAUUAAAGAUAAAUGUUUUGAUUUCCUACUUAAUUUUUCUUUGUAGUGUUAUAUGACAUUCAAAUCUGCAAUUAAAUUAUAUUAAAAAAAAAAAAAAAAAAAAAAGAGGUUUCGGCCGUAAAUUCGAAGCAUUGGCUGCUAUAUAUAUGAAUGGAAUUUGGUAUGGUGAGACGCUACCCUUCUGUUCA